CCCGGUAAACACACGCUGCAAUAAUUGUCAGUAAGGUCAGUCGACUUGAAGAAAGAAGCAUGUCGCGGUACUUGGCGCUGCUUAGGGUGGGUUUGCGGCAUCUGUUUCCCCCGGGAUCGGGUCCUGGGAGCAGGAGGAUCGCUGCAGCUUUCAGCUCCGCCAGCAACAGUUCAGGUGUGAACCAAAGAAGUUGGGCCAGUCUGACAGGCGCCUGGCGCCCGGAGCGCUCCCGUCCCAGUGCUUUCGUCGCUCGGCAGGAUUACAGCACCCAGAAUGCGGAGACCAAAGAGGAGGAGCCGCUGCACACCAUCAUCAGUGACACUGAAAACAUCGAAGGUUCUUUCUCGAAGCACGAGUUUCAAGCCGAAACCAAAAAGCUGCUGGAUAUCGUGGCCAGGUCUCUAUACUCUGAGAAAGAGGUGUUUAUUCGGGAGCUCGUCUCGAAUGGCUGUGAUGCUCUGGAGAAGCUGCGGCACAGACUGCUCAGCGCUGGAGGAGAGUCGGAGCCCAUGGAGAUCCACCUGCAGACUGACGUAGAGAAGGGCACCUUCACCAUCCAGGACACCGGUAUUGGGAUGAGCAAAGAAGACCUGGUCGCUAACCUGGGGACAAUCGCGCGCUCCGGUUCCAAGGCGUUUCUGGAGGCCCUGCAGAGCCAGUCGGAUGCCAGCAGUAAGAUCAUUGGUCAGUUUGGAGUGGGCUUCUACUCUGCCUUCAUGGUCGCAGACAGGGUGGAGGUGUACUCGCAGUCCGCAGAGCCAGGCAGCGUCGGCAACAAGUGGUCAUCAGAUGGAUCCGGAGUGUUUGAGAUUGCUGAAGCCAGUGGAGUCAGAACAGGGACCAAGAUCAUCUUGUACCUGAAGGAUGACUGCAAGGAAUUUGCUUCAGAGGACCGGGUCAAAGGGGUGGUGACGAAGUACAGCAAUUUUGUCAGCUUCCCUGUGUUCCUGAACGGUCGGCGACUGAACACCCUGCAGGCACUGUGGACGAUGGACCCCAAGGAGAUCAGUGAAUGGCAGCACGAGGAGUUUUACCGCUAUGUGGCACAGGCAUACGACAAGCCGCGCUACACCCUCCACUACCGCACCGACGCACCUAUCAACAUCCGCAGCAUCUUCUAUGUGCCUGAGAUGAAACCCUCCAUGUUCGAUGUGAGCCGGGAGAUGGGCUCCAGCGUGGCUCUUUACAGUCGCAAGGUCCUCAUCCAGACCAAGGCCACCGACAUCCUGCCCAAGUGGUUGCGCUUCCUGAGAGGUGUUGUUGACAGUGAGGAUAUCCCCCUGAAUCUCAGCAGGGAGCUGCUUCAGGAGAGCGCCCUCAUCAGGAAGCUGAGUGAUGUCCUUCAGAAACGGAUCAUUAAGUUCCUGGUGGAUCAGAGCAGGAAGGAGCCGGAGAAAUACGCCAAAUUCUUUGAGGACUACGGGCUCUUCAUCAGGGAGGGAGUUGUCACCACCGCUGAGCAGGAUGUCAAGGAGGACAUUGGGAAGCUGCUGCGCUUCGAGUCCUCAGCCCUGCCAGCAGGGCAGACCACCAGCCUGCAGGAGUACAGCAGCCGCAUGAAGGCAGGGACCCGCAACAUUCACUACCUGUGCGCUCCCAACCGACACCUUGCAGAGCAUUCGCCCUACUACGAGGCCAUGAGAAAGAAGGACAUGGAGGUGCUGUUCUGCUUUGAGCAGUUUGACGAGCUGACCCUGCUGCACCUGCGGGAGUUUGAUAAGAAGAAGCUGAUCUCUGUGGAAACUGACAUCGUGGUCGACCACUACAAGGAAGAGAAAUACGAAGACUCUAAGCCAGAAUCGGAGCGCCUCUCCCAGCAGCAGGCUGAAGACCUGAUGGCCUGGAUGAGGAAUGCUCUGGGAUCCCGUGUCACCAACAUCAAGGUGACCCCUCGCUUGGACACCCAUCCUGCUAUGAUCACAGUGCUGGAGAUGGGAGCUGCUCGCCACUUCCUGCGCACACAGCAGCUGGCAAAGACCAGCGAGGAGCGUGCACAGAUCCUGCAGCCCACACUGGAGAUCAACGCUGGCCAUGACCUGAUCAAGAAACUGAAUGAGCUGAAGGACUCUGACAUGGAGUUGGCCCAGUUGCUGCUGGAUCAGAUCUACGACAAUGCUAUGAUUGCAGCAGGGCUGAACGAUGACCCCCGCCCGAUGAUCGGUCGUCUGAAUGAGCUGCUCACAAAGGCCCUGCAGAAACACUGACCCAGCGUGUAGAGCCCGGGCAGACAGUGAACUGCUCAGCUACCUGUACUGCUUUAGUCUGCAUGGACAGAACUUCACUGUGGUCCUGCGUGUCGAUGGACAUAACUCUGUUUUUAAAAAAAAAAAAAAAAAAAAAAAAAAAAACGAAUUGAAAACCAGAGCAGUCUCUUGAAACACUGGAAUCUCAAAAGCAGUGAUCUCCAAUGAUUAUUUAGCAUUUGUGUGAAAGUCUGUUUACGGACUCCUUUAUGUAUGUGUGUAUAUAUGUAUGUAGAUUUUUUUUUUUUUGUAAAUCUUUUCCUCCAAAAUGUGUGCUAGGAUAUCCUGCUAAUAUUCCAUUGUCAUUUCUUUAGUAAAGCUAAGUGUUUGAGGGAUGAGAAAUUUUUUAAACCACAGUGUUAAAACAUCUUUAAUUUCAGUAACAAAAUAACUUGUUUUGUGUGCAUUAAAAGCGAAGAACCUUUUA